CACCGGAAUUCCUCUGCUCUUGGAGCUUCUGCCUCAUGCUGUUUUACAUUUUGGGAGGGAUUGAAAUGGAUGGAUUUGUGUUGCUGUCAUAGCUGGAUGUACCACAGAGGAUGGGCUGUGGGGAGGAGGAAUGCAUGCAGUCAGCCUUAAGCUCCUCCUGGUGCCUCAGCCACAGGUUUGGAGCGACAUGUGAGAUCAAGAGCUGCUUUAGGAUGGUCCUUGACUUGGUCUCCCUCAUACAGUAAGGCCACAGUGACCGCCUGGGGCGGCCUUUGCUGCACUGGUGCAUCCCUACCUGCUCAGAUGGCAGCAUCCUCUCAAUGAUGCAGUUCUGGAUCAGGCUCUUUCUGAGGUCCCUUUGGACACAUCCAUCAGCACAGGAGGAGCACACUGUUGCCUCCCGACUCUGGCUGCAGAUAAUAAAUAACAUUUCAGUGGCUUUUAAUGUUCCCAUCGAGAAGAUGAGUACGAAAUACGAAAUAUUGUUAUUGUGACUCAUGGCUGAAUGGACAGGGUAGCUCUGCUGAAGGAUGAGCUGUCCCAAUGUGUCUAUGGGCUGCUCAAGCUGAGGGCAGGCACGGAAGGCCAGCCCUGUUCUAUGCCAAGCAAAUGUCUUAUUGAAUGUAUCCUUGGAUUCAGAGUAUAAAGCCAUUGAAAUCCACUCCAAGUGGUGCACAGUCAACCACAGAGCAUGUAACCAUGCUGGGUGAUGAUCACACCAGGCCCACCUUUGACCCCUGUUGGUCCCUGCUGACAUUGAAAAUAUCCUGCUGAGCCUCCAGCGCAAACUGCUAUCUUGCAGCACGCUUGUGAUGCUGCUGGUACCCAAGGCAAUGGGACAAAUGCCAACCAGGACACCCACUGUGCUGCCAUACCACUCUGUGAGCCCUGGGUGCUGAUGUCAGAUGAUCACAUUCCCCGGGAUGGAAAUAGCAGCCAGAGAGUCUCCCUGGGAGGUCAUUGGUUCAGCAUGAGGCCAGCGGGGUCGGUGCUGCCCGAGGGUCACAGCUGGAGGGCCGGGGCAUUGGGAGCAGAUGUCCACAGCACAAAGACAUCGUUGUAACAAGAGCUCUCAGCAGUGGGCGGGGAAGGAACCCAAGGUUUCGGCUGAGCCGGGGCAUCCCUCUGGUGCCGGUGGAGGGCAAGGUGGCAGAAUGGCUCCUCCAGAUCCAGCGGGAUGCAGAGGUGCACGUGGUGUGGGACCAGGCUGAACCCAGCAUCAAGCCUGGGGGAUGCCUUGUGCAAGGAGCCUGUCCUGGUUCUCUGUGUUCCAGCAGUUCUUGGGAACUCCUCCAUCACCGCCAGCAGCGCCGCUUCCCGGCCCCGAAGUUGUCCCGGCCGCGGUUCCGCCGCCCGCAGCGCCAUGGAGACGGUGGGGAAGUUUGAGUUCAGCAGGAAGGACCUGAUCGGACACGGAGCCUUCGCCGUCGUCUUCAAAGGCAGGCACAAAGAGAAACCUGAGCUGGAAGUAGCUGUGAAAUGCAUUAACAAGAAGAACCUUGCAAAAUCACAGACUCUGCUGGGCAAGGAAAUUAAAAUACUUAAGGAACUGAAACAUGAGAACAUUGUUGCCUUGUAUGACUUCCAGGAGGUGGCAAAUUCUGUCUACUUGGUUAUGGAGUACUGCAAUGGUGGUGACCUGGCAGACUACCUUCACACUAUGCGGACUCUUAGUGAAGACACCAUCAGGCUCUUUCUCCAGCAGAUAGCAGGUGCAAUGAAAAUGCUGCAUAGCAAAGGCAUCAUCCAUCGGGAUCUGAAACCACAGAAUAUCCUCCUCUCCUACGCUGGAGGCAGGAAAUCAAAUCCCAACAACAUUCGCAUAAAGAUUGCUGACUUUGGAUUUGCCCGUUACCUGCAGAAUAAUAUGAUGGCAGCAACUUUAUGUGGUUCACCAAUGUACAUGGCACCAGAAGUCAUUAUGUCUCAACACUACGAUGCCAAAGCUGACCUCUGGAGUAUUGGAACCAUCAUUUAUCAGUGUCUGACAGGAAAGGCUCCUUUUCAGGCCAGUAGCCCACAGGAUCUUCGUCUCUUCUAUGAGAAAAACAAGAUGCUGAUGCCGAACAUCCCCAGGGAGACAUCAAGCCACCUGAGGCAGCUACUGUUGGGCCUUCUGCAGCGCAAUCAUAAGGACCGCAUGGACUUCGAUGAGUUUUUUCAUCACCCAUUCUUGGAUGCAAGUGCCUCAAUGAAAAAAUCUGCUUCUGUGCCAAUGCCUUCUUACCCCAGUUCGGGCUCUGGUAGUUCCUCCAGCAGCUCUUCUACUUCCCACCUGGCAUCACCUCCCCAGUCUCUUGGAGAGAUGCAGCAGCAGCUGCAAGAGAAGGCGUUGGCAUCUCCUACCCAGGAUUCCCCCGGCUUCCUGCAUGGAUCGAAGGACUCUGCUGGAAGCAGCAGUAAGAAUUCAUCCUGUGACACUGAUGACUUCGUUAUGGUCCCUGCACAGUUCUCAAGUGAAAUGACUGCCGAGGCUGCAGGAGGGAAGCCAAUCCAAGACAGCCUGAUGUACAGUGGGAGUUCUCUGGUGACUUCAGCUGGCUUGGAAAGUCAGGGAAGAACGCCAUCUCCUUCUCCCCCUUACAGCGGUUCUCCUAGCCCCUCCAGCCGGCCAGGUCAGUUUUCCAGCAGCAAAUACGGACACUCUGUGCCCAUCCCGGUUCCAACACAAAUUCAUAACUACCGUCGGAUCGAGCAGAACCUGCAGUCUCCCCACCAGUACGCCUCUCCUCGGUCUGGUACGGUCCGGAGAUCUAGCAGUACAAGCCCUCUUGGUUUUCCUAAAACUGGUGCUUCCCCUCCUUAUCCUGGAGACCAUGGAUCUGUGCCUAGCUCCAGAAAGCUUUCCUUUGGCGGUGCCAAGCCAUUUAUGCCAUCACCACAAGUUGGAACAAUCCCGGAGCAGCCCAGCCAGACUGUUAUCCCCUCUUCUCUUGGAGCAGAAGUGAGAAGUCGGAUUCCUGCAGUUGGUGUCUCAGCACCCGAGCAUUCUCCUCGAGGGAUGGGCUCUCGGCUCCACAGUGCUCCCAACUUGUCAGAUUUGCAUUCCUGCAGGCAGAAGAUAACCAAGCAGCACUCUGAUCCUCUAGUUGCUCACUUUGGCCAUACCCCAGUCAGCCAACCUCUGCAGAUUCAUGGCCUGCAGCACUGCCGACAGCUCAGAUCCUCACCAAAGCUGUCUGAGUUCAUGCAGAGAAGCCCAUUGCCAACUAUCAUGGGCUCCCCUACAAAGGCUGUGUCCCCUUUUGAGUUUCCCAAAACCCCAAGUUCCCAGAACCUUCUCACUCUCUUGGCCCAUCAGGGGGUCAUGAUGACUCCAACACGGAACAAGACCCUGCCAGAUCUGAAGGAAAUGGGUCACUUCCACUGCCAGCAGACUGGCUUGGGGUUGAGGCCUGUGGAGGAGAUCAAGGGCAGAUCUCUAAGCACGGGCAGGCUUACUGACCUACUUCUCAAGGCAGCCUUUGGGGCACAGAUCUCAGAAGCUGGCAGCAAUGACAGCCUGAACAGUGAGAAGCCAAUGGAAGUUGCAGCUCCCUCAGGUGCUUACGGAGGGACACUGCACUCUGGUGCCCGGGCGGGGGGCUCUGCCAGCCCAUCCCCAGUGAUUUUUACUGUUGGAUCCCCUCCCAGUGGAACAACUCCCCCACAGACCACGAGGACCAGGAUGUUUUCAGUGGGGUCUUCCAGCUCUCUCAGUUCUGGAGGCUCAUUCACUGGCAGGCACUUGGCAGUGGGAACUGGUGGGGAUGCUCUGGAGGGCCCUUCGAGUCUCCGGUAUGCCUUUGCUGAUCCAAUCACCGCGAACCUGGAAGGUGCUGUUACAUUUGAGGCACCAGAGCUGCCUGAAGAGACACUCAUGGAGCAAGAGCACACCGACAUCCUGCGCAGCCUCCGCUUCACACUGGCCUUUGUCCACUAUGUGAUGGAGAUUGCUGCCCUGAAAGGCAACUCCAGCGAGAUGAGCGGUUCAGUGGCAUCCGAAUACCAGCUGCAGGAGAGUGUGGUGGCCGACCAGAUCAGCCUGCUCAGCCGGGAGUGGAGCUACGCAGAGCAGCUCGUGCUGUACCUGAAAGUAGCAGAGCUUCUGUCCUCAGGCCUGCAGACAGCCAUAGAGCAGAUCAAGGCUGGCAAGCUGUGCCUCUCCUCCACUGUCAAGCAAGUUGUGAAGAAGCUCAAUGAGCUAUAUAAAUCUAGUGUUUCAUCCUGCCACUGCCUCAACAUGAGACUGCAGAGGUUCUUCCUGGACAAACAGAAACUCAUGGAUCAGAUCAACAGCAUCACUGCAGAGAAGCUCAUCUUCAGCUAUGCUGUGCAAAUGGUGCAGUCUGCAGCCCUGGAUGAGAUGUUCCACCACAGAGAGGACUGCGCACAGAGAUACCACAAGGCUCUGCUGCUGAUGGAGGGGCUCCUGAACAUCAUCACUGAACAGGGGGACAUAGAAAACAUCAAUAAAUGUAAACUGUGCAUCGAGCGCAGGCUGUCAGCUCUGCUGUCGGGGUUCUGCGCCUGAUUUGACUAAUGUUCUCCACACACCUCAUCCCAGCUGAUCACUUUGUUUCCAGUGGCCUGCUGCUGUGGUGGGAAACAGUUCUGACAGUAGGACACCUGGAGGAUGAGCUGCUCAGUGUUCUGUAUUCUGGCAUUUUGGGAAGUUGUUCCACAGUCCUAGAUUCUUUUGUGGGGCUGUGUGACUGUAGAAGCACGAAUGCUUCCCUGUCCAAAGGCCUGGACGAAGACGAAGCUGGUGCGGAAAGGUUUCCCUCAUUGGCAGCAGGGAUGAAGGAUAGCAGUCUGCUUCUUCCCAGCACUUCGAAGGAUAAGACUGCUGCCUGCCCACUUGCUUAAGAACAGGGUAUUCCAGUGCUGUCUCCAUUGCAGGCAAUGGAUGUGCCUAAACUGCUGGCUUCAGUUAAUGUUGGAGGCUGUCGUUCAGAAAUUAAGGCCAGUUUGUGUACUUCCCCCUACCCCAGCUGACAGCCGGGCACCUUCAAGCUUCCUGACAGCCCCAGGCUCCCCGCCUGUCUCCUUCAUCCCGUCUCACACACGCUGAAGCCUUGGAGUGUGUACAGAGCUGAAAGGAAGGAAGCUGCGCUUUGCCGGAGCGUGGCUGAAGUCGCUGCUGCCUUCUGCAGACGCACUGAGCGAGGCUGGGAGCGAGUUGUCCCUGGGGAUGUUCACAUCUCCGUGGGCUGCCUCUGUCUGCGGGUGGACAAACGGCGCAGGGAAAGAGACUGCACAGAAAGCAGGAAGGCGACAGAAAACGUAACUUUCCUGUCUUUCUCAGAAGCCAAAACAAAUCCGUUCCUCCCUUGUUCCCCGAGCUCACUGGGGUCAGCAUUAAAGACUCCUGGCUGUCAGUUCAGCCCGUCAGUACAUAUCUACCACAAGGGAGCAGUCGCGCUGUCCUGCUUUCAGCUGUUGCUAGAGACCCUUCCCAGAGCCCUCACCCCGAACUGAAAACACUAGCUUUGUGAAUCAAAGGAGCACUUUACACACUAUGGGAACUUUCAGAAGUUGACUUUGCAUCACACAACAACCCAGGAACAUCACGACUGUUAGGAAUGCUGUUCUUUUUAUUCCUUUCCUUGUUUCCUGGUUGUUUCAUUGCACUACGUGUGUGCAUAUAUUAAUAUGUAUUCCUGAGGUUGAAUAUAUAUUGAUAUAUAUGGUUUGUGUGUAACUGUACGUAUUUAUCUGUACUGUAUUUGUGAGUGUGAGGCACUGCGGAGUCUGUGCUGUUCCUCCUCCAUACCAGGCAACGCUGACUCGCAGUCUGGCAGUACCAAGAUGUUUCUGUUUGUUUGGGUUUUUAUUUAAGUGUUCUUUUAAGGACAGUCAGUAUGAAGCUCCGUGCUUUUUUAAGAGCUCGAGAACAGGUGUAAGAUCCUACACACAAUUGGAAAUGGAUUCUUUUUUUUCUUUCUUUUUUUUUUUUUAAGUUUUAUUUGCUGCUUCAUUUUUUUAUAAAGAAAUCUGGUAGCGUUCGGUUCAAUGUUCAGCAUUUCUUUUCAGGAGACUCUGUAGCCAAAUGUGACUGCAGGUGCGAGUGGCUCGAGUUCUGGUUGAGGCUUCAGAUGCUGUGAGCAGAUGUGUGAGAGGAUCGCCGGCUGCCUUCCGUCUGUCUGCGUGCACAUGUGUGUGUCUUAAUUUAUCAGUCAUGGCAGUAUUUUGGUAGCGCUGGGCAGAAAAGGAUCUCUGAAAGCAACUCGAAACCUCAGGCUUUGUUUCAGGGGAUUUAAUAAUACUUUGCACAUGGUGGUUAAGUCCUCACUGCUUUUUUUUUUUUCUUUCUCUCGAUAUCGGCACGUUCAGCGUUGAUACUUUACAGUGGUUUCAGGAGCAACUCAAUAGGCUUGAGCUGGCGUCAUCUUUGGCAAUGUGGAUAUUUUUGAUCACAGAGUAGAAAUGCCAAGAAGGAAAUUAAAAAAUACUGUUGAUUCCCCCAACCAGGGAGGCUUAAACGUAGCUCACAGUCAGUAUUGGGCCUCUGCUGCAUUGUGCAUCCGCAGCCCACCGCUUCCUUCUGCGGCCGCUUCUGCUUGUGCCUGGAGAAAAAAAAAGGCAAGGCAAAGAAAACAACAACCAGGAGACGACCCCCAGCCUGUGGCCAGAACUGCCGAAGAGACACAGAUCGCUUCCAAAGGGCUGGGGCCGGUUGUGCGCAGGGCUGUGCUGCAGGUGGGCACACAGGCAGCAGGAGGGCUCCCAGCCAGGACUGCCCUGCCACGCACACCCCUGCCGCUGCCCUGCGCCCCCUGCAGCCCCGCGCUGCACUGAUUGCUUCUGCCAAGGAACGCAGCCCGGGUUCCGUGGUUGUGCCGCAGGUUUCAUGGUCCGUGUACGUGGCAAGCUCAGCACUAACCUUCCAGCUGUACUUAAUUACUUGAAUGUAUCGAAAUUGUCCACAUUCAAUGUACACAAAUAUAUAUUGCUCCAAAAAAUACGUGGUUUACAGCCCUACAACCGAGAUAUAUAUAUGUAUGUGUUUGUGUAUAUACAUACAAGUAGUGUGUGUGUGUGUAUGCAUAUGUACACACACAAACACAAACGUGUAUAUAUGUUUUCUCUCAAUACUUGAAACUUAGCCACUGUGCUUGAACUUAAAAAAAUAUAUAUAAAAAAAGAAAAACUAGG